AUGGGUCGUAAAGCAGACUUGAGUGUUGAAACUCGAGCUGUUAUCGUGGCAUUAUGCAACGAAGGGUAUUCAACGCGCCAAAUCGCUAAAAAAACAAAAGUGUCUCAAAUCGCAGUCAUGAACGCGUUGAAGCGGAAACAAGAAACUGGGAUUAAUACGAGUUGUCAUCGUUCCGGAAGGCCUAGAAAAACUUCAAAAAGUGAAGACAAAUUUAUUUGUGUGCAGAGUAAACGAAACCGAACUCGAACUGCGCCGGAAAUUCGCGUAGAACUUAAUUCUAUACGGAAAACGGAAAUAUCAGUUACGACUGUGCAACGCCGGCUUCGUGAGUAUGGUUUGAAAGGUUAUAUCGCAGCCAAAAAACCAUUGUUGCGCAAACAAAAUAAGGUUAAGAGAUUGAAUUGGGCACGGAAACACAACUAUUGGACAACGGAACAGUGGUCUAAGGUCUUAUGGUCUGACGCAGUGAUGGGAAUUCCGGCCCGCUUGCAGCCCUCGAUGAUAGGGCCAUCGGUCGGCGGCCUAGCACAACAGUUAGCACUCACACAAACAAAGCUCGUGUACGUGUGA